AUGCCUUCACAAGAGCGGAAUCGCACGCUCGCUAUCCUGCGGUCAGCAUCAAAGGGAAAGUACGCCAUCCUCGCCCAGUGCUGCUAUGAUGCACAAAGCGUGCUGGCCACAAUCAGGGCAGCAGAAAAGGCGCGAUCGCCGGCAAUGGUGCAGCUGUUUCCCGUGACGAUGAAGCAGUUUGGCAUACACUUCACCCGCUUUGUCUUGGAUGCCUGUCAUUCUGCCUCUGUGCCCAUCUCGGUACACGUCGACCACGUCGGGACGGACGAAGACAUCGCCAGGGUGCUCGACUGGGCCGAGCAGGGCGUGCAGGUGGACUCAAUGAUGAUCGACUGCAGCCACCACGACACCGAUGAGGAAAACAUCGCCAUGGCCAAGCCAUACUGCCAGCGAGCAGCGAAGCUGGGCAUGGCCGUUGAAGUUGAAUUGGGCAGGAUCAUGGGAGGAGAACAGGGCGUUCGGACGAUGGACGAUGGCGCUCUCACCAGGCCGGAGAAGGCAGAACAGUUCCUUUUGGAACUGGAGGUUGAUAUGCUCGCGCCAAGCAUCGGAAACAUCCAUGGCCGGUACACCAGUGCGCCCGACUUUCGCUUGGACCUGCUCGACGACUUGCAGGGACGCGUGGGGCCAAAGACGCAGGCAAACGCACUCAUUGUCCUCCAUGGCACUGAUGAUCUUUCCGACGACCUCUUUCGCGAAUGUGUCCGGCGCGGGUGCGUCAAGAUCAACGUCAACAGCUGGGCACGCGAGCCGCAGGUAGAGCAUUGGGUCAAGCGUCUCUCCCACGACGCCCUGCCCGACGUAUACGAUGCGGGCAUGGAGAAGUUUGAGGCUGUGUGCACGCGCUUCUUCAAACUCUUUGGCAGCGCUGGCAAAGCUUGA